AAUAAAUACGAGUGCACAUCAGAAAGGACGAAGAAACAUUUAGGAUCUCCAAUCUACCGGCAUAUCCGCACUUUCGUGCUGGAUCCUCGUUACAAAGAAGCCCACCAGGGGUGCCACUACAAUCCAUUCAUCCAAUGCAUGAAUGUCUUCUGCUUCAGUUUCCACACCGGUGCUGGCGUUGGAAGGUGUGUGCACUUAGUAUGAUACAAAAAUUGCUUUCUGAUCGUGGUGACGCACAUGAACAUUCACGAUCAGAAUUGUCCAAAGAACGGGCGUCCUCUCAUGUUACAUCUAGGGUCGUAUUCUGCGUCCUCGACAUUGGCCAGUUCUCUCAAUGCGCGCAAGUUGUAUUGUGCACGCUGGGCGUGUUCGUGCUCUUCGUUGUAUACGGAUACGUACAGGAGCUCAUAUUCCAGCUGGAUGGCUUCAAGCCUUUCGGAUUCUAUCUUACACUCAUCCAAUUUUGUGCCUACGCUUUUCUAUCUCACGUCGAGCGCAUCGUUCGGGGUGACACCACUCGCAAAGCCCCUUUCAAAGUGCACUUGAUUCUGUCAUUACUCAGUAUUGGAACCAUGGGAUUCUCAAAUGCAUCAUUGGGUUACCUUAACUACCCUACGCAAGUGGUGUUCAAGUGUUGCAAACUAAUUCCGGUUCUUCUGGGUGGUAUUCUUAUUCAAGGAAAAAAAUAUGGUGCCCUCGAUUUUCUAGCAGCUGUCUGCAUGAGCACAGGGUUGGCAGCUUUCGUUUUGGCUGACAGUCAGAUCUCGCCAUCGUUUUCGAUCCUGGGCGUGUGCCUAAUUUCAUUUGCACUACUAAUGGAUGCGUGCAUAGGAAACGUGCAAGAGAAAGCAAUGAAGUCUUAUUCUGCAUCUGAUGUUGAGAUUAUAUUCUUCUCCUAUUCGUUCGGAGCCGUAUGGUUGCUAACGAGCCUUCUAGUCUCUGGACAACUGUCCUGUGCAGUGAACUUUUGUCAUGAGCACCCUGUGGAAACAUACGGCUACGGCUUGGUGUACUCUCUGACGGGGUACUUUGGGGUCCAGCUCGUCCUGACGCUGGUCCACAUAGCUGGUGCAUUUGUUGCCGCCGUCAUAACGACGGGGAGGAAAGUUGUGACGGUCACGCUGUCGUUUGUGCUGUUCAGCAAGCCUUUUUCUAUUCAUUACGUGUGGUCUGGACUGCUUGUGCUCUUGGGUGUUUAUCUGCACUCUAUACACAAAAUGCACUCCAAGAAAAAGCCCGUGCUGGCUUCCACGAAGGGAUCUUCAAACGUGUAGCCGCACUUCAUCCACGCUCCUCCUGCCAAAGAACAUUUAGUCAUGUUUCUGAAAAAGUGUUUAUUUUUGUGAAAGAAACAUCGUUUACUGUUUGACGGGUCCACCAGAUGGGCCGUACGCACGACAGAGUAUUCUGCAACACAUGGCAAUGCUGAAAAAAAAUGACAUAUUUUUACAAUGUACAACUAUGUAUAGAAAUAUAUUUACUAUUAUACUUA